CUGGAUAUAUGACACAAUUCUUUUGGUUAAUGUGGAGAAUAUGGAUUCAGAAUCGAAGGACGAUCUUCGAGGGAUGGAUUUCAUGGUUUUCUUAUUUCCUUUCCAUGGCGGCUGUAGCCACUUUUUACAUGAGUAUUAAUCCAAGGACGCAAGAGGGUGUGCAAAACGCAAGGGGCGCUUUGUACAUGAUGAGCUCUGAAAUUUCGUUCACGGUCGCCUAUUCCGUGAUUUACGAAUUCCCUGGCCAGCUUCUGAUUUAUUUGCGAGAGGAUGGUAUUUAUAGUUGUGGGCCCUAUUAUGUCGCCACAUUUUGCGGAUUGGUAAUAGUACAAUAAUUUCACGUUCAAUAUUCCAGCUAUGAUAAAAAUUCGUUUCAUUCUUUAUUUGGAUGAACGAGCUUUAUUUGGUUUAUAAUAAUAAUGAU